AUGGCUUUGGUACGUCGGCUAGCUUUGAACGCGCCCAGGGGGGUCCGUGUGCUCUCCACGCCGCCGCCCUCUCGGGACGAACUCGACCUAUCCUUUAACAGCCCCAAGGAUGCCUUCAAAUCUAAGAAAACCAGCGAGUUGGUCCGGGCGUACCUCGUCUACCAAAUAUGCUCGAUCAAUUGGAUCGUCGAGAACAACGACAUGCUCAUGAAGAGGCUGCGCCAAGUGGUGGGCAACCGUCUCUUCGAGGUGAUUAUGAAAGCCACCUUCUAUGGGCAGUUCGUCGCCGGCGAAGACCAAAACAAAAUCAAGCCAACUCUUGAGAGAUUACGCUCUUUUGGAGUUAAAUCAAUCCUCGAUUAUUCCGUUGAGGAAGAUCUUUCUCAAGAGGAGGCAGAAAAACGUGAAGUUAGCGCGUCCAUCUCAGCCUGCGGAGACCAGCAGGAGGAGGGUCAACUCAAACAAUACCAUGUGGAGCAACGCUUCGCAGACCGACGAUACAAAGUGACCAGUGCGAGAACCUAUUUCUAUCUGAAUGAAGCGGCCUGUGAGAAGAAUAUGGAAGCGUUCUUAAAUAGCAUUGACGCUGUGGCUGGAAUUACUAAGAGUACGGGUUUGAUGGCUGUUAAACUGACAGCGCUCGGAAGGCCUCAGUUACUUCUGCAACUGUCGGAAGUGAUAAUGCGCGCGCGCAGCUACAUGCAGCAGAUCGCGGGCGGCACUGGCAACGUGCUCACACACCACAAGACUAUCGAGGACUUGCAGCGCUACCUUGGCGACCUCAGCUCCAAGCCUGAAGUCCAGGAGUUCAUGAAGAAGAUCACCUCGGAUAAGGAAGGUGUGCUGCAUUUAUUCCCCUGGGACCGUAUCGUCCAUUUAUUCCCAUGGUCGAACAUUCUGGAUAAGGAUAUGGGUCUGUCAGACUCCUUCCGAGUUCCAGAUCCUAAAACCGGUCAGAUGAGGCGUCUCAUAUCCCAAAUAUCCCCAAAGGAAGAGGAAAUGUUCAGAAACAUGCUUCGAAGGUUAAACAGCAUUAUCAAAGUAGCCAAUGAACGUGACGUCAGGAUCAUGAUAGAUGCUGAACAAACGUACUUCCAGCCAGCUAUUUCUAGAAUCUGUUUGGAAAUGAUGAGGAGAUACAAUAAGAACAAGUUCCUAGUAUUCAAUACGUACCAGACGUACCUGAAGAGCACCUACAACGAGAUCGUGACCGACCUCGAGCAAGCGCAGCGUCAGAACUUCUACUGGGGCGCCAAGCUCGUGCGCGGGGCAUACAUCGAACAGGAGCGCGCUCGCGCCGCCGCCAUGGGCUACGAGGACCCCACGUGCGAGAGCGUGGAUGCCACCACCGCCUCCUUCCAUCGCUGCCUCAAGGAGAUACUUGGCAGGGUUAAGAAUGAACAAAAAGACCGUCUGGGCAUCAUGGUGGCGUCGCACAACGAGGACACGGUGCGCUACGCCAUCCAGCUGAUGAAGGAGCACGGCAUCGGGCCCGGCGACAAGGUGGUCUGCUUCGGCCAGCUGCUGGGCAUGUGCGACCAUAUCACCUUCCCGUUAGGUCAAGCCGGCUAUUCUGCAUACAAAUACGUGCCCUACGGCCCUGUAGUAGAGGUCCUGCCGUACUUAUCGCGUCGUGCCAAUGAAAACCGCGGCUUCCUCGCUAAAAUCAAAAAGGAAAAGGGCCUCUUAUUAAAGGAGAUAUUCCGUCGAAUCUUCACCGGACAAAUGUUCUACAAGCCCGUUGGAAACUACACACCAGUC